UACCCGAAUCCGAGUAGACUUGACAGAUCUCAACUCGACUCCCAAGAAGCAGCAACUUGAGCGAGAACGUGCUUUUUCAAAGAUGUCCGACUUUUCCAACGACAAGAUGAAGGAAGAGUUUUUAAGCAAUGAUGAAAAUGACAAUCUUAUAUUCAGUCGCCAGCACCAAGAAAACAGGCCUAUGGACUGCCAUAGUGAACAAGCUCAUAACAGUGCCGACUCCGGUAAGAAAAAGCGCUACACAAAAUCACGAAUCCGAGCCAGGAGUCCAGCAAUGAUACAAAAACUAAAGAAAACUCGACGUGUCAAAGCAAACGACAGAGAACGAAAUCGCAUGCACAAUUUGAACGAUGCAUUGGAAAGCCUGAGAAAAAUUUUACCGUCCCCCGGUGAAGCUAAACUUACCAAAAUUGAGACACUUCGCUUCGCACAUAAUUAUAUAUGGGCCAUGACGCAGACGAUCAAGAUGUGCGAUUUACAAGAGCGUAUGUUACAUGGAAUCUCGGGAGACAGUGGAAACACAGACUGCUUCCAGUAUCCUCAGGGUGACAGAGCCGGGUUUUAUCACAAUAACCACCCAGCCAGUCCAGUGUCUUGUAUGCAGCAGUUUUCACCGGGACUCGACCAGUCCUACCCCACCAGCUGGACGCCAUAUAGGAAUCAUCACAGUGACAACAGCUUCCCCUCAAGUCCCAAUUCAGACUGUUCUGAUAGCAGAGACAGUGUGUUCUACUCGGCGGACAGCCCGGACAGUUACAGCUUUAUUGGGAGUGUGUGAGACUUGUCUUGUGGCUGACAGAAAGAUGCUCCAUAAAUUAAAUAGAAAAAAAACUCCAUUGCGAUUGACGUUUGUCUCUUUGAGGGAAUUGCAAUCAGAAACACUAUGCAUCAUCUGGUAAUACUUUCUUUAUGCAAAUAUAUUUACAAGGAUAUUUAUAUUUUGACUGAUAUUAUAGAACUAUUUUCACUUUAUACUAGAGUCGCCACAUCAUGAAAUGCUAUAAUUUUUAGUAGCAUUUGUAUUUUAUACGUUUAAUCAUGAUCCAUCACAUAGGUAUGUGUAGCUUCACGUUAUUUUGUCAUCUUUAUUGUUAAUCAAAGGAAGCAAGUGUUGAUAAGUCUGCAUAAAUUUGUCUUUUGAAUUCUUUGACAUCAAAACUCUUAUCAACAUUUGAGUUCAAUCUGAAUGUUAUCAGUAUUUAAAUAUUGAAGAACAAUUCCAAAGGAAAUGUUUAUGUCAUCUGAAAGUUAAGUUUUAUUUUGUAUCUUUGUCAGAUCUGCUUUCGUUGUUGUUUUUGCUUUUAGUUAAA